GUGGGGGACGGAAGCGGAGCUUUGACAAUGACAGCUCGUGCUUGCAGACCUUCCAAAGGGUGGCCCUCCGAGUGUCCCCACUCUACCCGGCCACCCGGGGAGACGUCGCCUCUGAAGCUCCCCCUCAUCCCAGGUCCUCAGAAUCGCCGAGCCCAUGGCUUUCAGAGCCACCCCAGGCCGGACGCCGCCGGGACCCGCACCCGGGAUGCCCUCGGCCAGCUUCCCCAGCCCGCAGGCCCCAAUGCCCGGGCCUGGAGGUCUCGAGGAAGAGGAGGAGGACGAGGAGCCGGCCGAGGUCCACCUGUGCGUGCUGUGGAGUUCAGGCUAUCUGGGCAUUGCUUACUAUGACACUAGUGACUCCACUGUCCACUUCAUGCCAGACGCCCCAGACCACGAGAGCCUAAAGCUUCUCCAGAGAGUUCUGGAUGAAAUCAACCCCCAGUCUGUCAUUACAAGUGCCAAACAAGAUGAGACUAUGGCUCGGUUUCUGGGGAAGCUUGCCUCCCAGGAACAGAGAGAGCCAAAGAGACCCGAAAUUGUACUUUUGCCAAGCGUGGAUUUUGGUCCAGAGAUAAGCAAACAGCGUCUCCUUUCUGGAAACUACUCCUUCAUCCCAGAAUCCAUGACUGCUACUGAGAAAAUCCUUUUCCUGUCCUCUAUUAUUCCCUUUGACUGUGUUCUCACGGUCCGGGCACUUGGAGGACUGUUCAAAUUCCUGAGUCGAAGAAGAGUUGGGGUCGAACUGGAAGAUUACAAUGUCAGCGUCCCUAUCCUGGGAUUUAAGAAAUUUGUAUUGACCCAUCUGGUGAGCAUAGAUCAAGACACUUACAGCGUUCUGCAGAUCUUCAAGAGUGAGUCUCACCCCUCCGUGUACAAAGUAGCCAGCGGGCUGAAGGAAGGGCUCAGCCUCUUUGGAAUCCUCAACAGAUGCCGCUGUAAGUGGGGACAGAAGCUGCUCAGGCUAUGGUUUACCCGUCCAACUCAGGAGCUAAGAGAACUCAAUUCCCGUCUGGAUGUCAUUCAGUUUUUCCUGAUGCCUCAGAAUCUGGACACGGCUCAGAUGAUGCACCGUCUCCUGAGCCACAUCAAGAACGUGCCUCUGAUUCUGAAACGCAUGAAGCUGUCCCACACCAAGGUCAGUGACUGGCAAGUCCUCUACAAGACUGUGUACAGCGCCCUGGGCCUGAGGGACGCCUGCCGCUCCCUGCCCCCGUCCAUCCAGCUUUUCCGGGACAUUGCCCAGGAGUUCUCCGAUGACCUGCACCACAUCGCCAGCCUCAUUGGGAAAGUGGUAAACUUUGAGGAGAGUCUUGCUGAAAACCGCUUCACGGUCCUCCCGAAUAUUGAUCCUGAGAUAGACUCAGAAAAACGAAGGCUGAUGGGCCUUCCGAGUUUCCUCACCGAGGUUGCUCAGAAGGAGCUGGAGAAUCUGGACGCCCGCAUUCCUUCCUGUAGCGUCAUCUACAUCCCUCUGAUCGGCUUUCUUCUUUCCAUUCCCCGCCUGCCUUUUAUGGUGGAGACCAGUGACUUUGAGAUUGAGGGACUAGACUUCAUGAGCUUGGAACCCUCGCCCCAGUUUCUCUCCGAGGACAAGCUGCACUACCGCAGCGCGCGCACCAAGGAGCUGGACGCACUGCUGGGGGACCUACACUGCGAGAUCCGGGACCAGGAGACCCUGCUGAUGUACCAGCUGCAGUGCCAGGUGCUGGCGCGGGCUUCUGUCUUGACUCGGGUGCUGGACCUUGCCUCUCGCCUCGAUGUCCUAUUGGCUCUUGCCAGUGCUGCCCGAGACUAUGGCUACUCAAGACCCCACUACUCUCCCCGAAUCCACGGGGUACGAAUCAAGAACGGCAGGCAUCCUCUGAUGGAACUGUGUGCACGAACCUUCGUACCCAACUCCACAGACUGUGGUGGGGACCAAGGGAGGGUCAAAGUCAUCACUGGACCCAACUCCUCAGGGAAAAGUAUAUACCUUAAACAGGUAGGCUUGAUCACGUUCAUGGCCCUGGUGGGCAGCUUUGUGCCAGCAGAGGAGGCUGAAAUUGGAAUAAUCGAUGCCAUCUUCACCCGAAUUCAUAGCUGUGAAUCCAUCUCCCUCGGUCUCUCCACCUUCAUGAUUGACCUCAACCAGGUGGCGAAAGCAGUGAAUAAUGCCACCGAGCAGUCGCUGGUCCUCAUUGAUGAAUUUGGGAAGGGAACCAAUACGGUGGACGGGCUGGCACUUCUGGCUGCUGUGCUCAGGCACUGGCUAGCUCUGGGACCCAGCUGCCCCCACAUCUUUGUGGCCACCAACUUCCUGAGCCUGGUUCAGCUGCAGCUGCUGCCACAAGGACCCCUAGUGCAAUACUUGACCAUGGAGACCUGUGAGGACGGGGACGACCUUGUCUUCUUCUAUCAGCUUUGCCAAGGUGUUGCCAGUGCCAGCCAUGCCUCCUACACAGCUGCCCAGGCUGGGCUUCCUGACCAGCUCAUUGCUCGUGGCAAAGAGGUCUCAGACCUGAUCCGCAGGGGGAAACCUAUCAAACCUGUAAAUGAGCUUCUGAGGAGGAACCAGAUGGAAAAUUGCCAGGCACUGGUGGCUAAGUUUCUGAAGCUGGAUCUGGAAGAUCCCACCCUGGACCUGGGCACCUUCAUGAGUCAGGAAGUGCUGCCAGCUGCCACCACCGUCCUUUGAGAGGUC